AUGUCGGGUGUCGUGGAAAGUGAAGAGAAAGCCCAGAAAUUGAGGAGAAUCAGAUGGAGCGGACGUUUGGGAGUGGACACAAAAAAGCGACGGAAAAGUGAGAGAGAGGGCGAGAGAAGCGAGAGGAGGUGCUCUCUUUGCUUGGCGUGGUGGUUGUUGAAGAAUUUGUAUGAUUAUCGCCGGGGUCGCGGCCAAACGCAACUUUUUUCGCCACGCAACACCUGCCGAAUGGGGUGUCGUUCGAAGCUUCUUCAGCUCCUCCAGCUCAUCGUCGCCUCGACGGAGCGUGACGAGGUGUCCGCCAGCCGAGGAGCUGGAGAAAUUUGA